AUGAGCUUCGAGGAUACGAGCGCAGAUCGAAAUGUCGAGAUUUGGAAAAUCAAAAAACUCAUAAAGAGCUUAGAGCUGGCAAGAGGAAAUGGAACAAGCAUGAUUUCACUCAUUAUUCCACCAAAAGAUCAAAUAUCUCGAGUCAGUAAGAUGUUAGCAGAUGAAUUCGGUACAGCUUCCAAUAUCAAGUCUCGAGUCAAUCGUCUAUCGGUUCUCGGCGCCAUCACUUCGGUCCAACAUAGAUUAAAAUUAUAUACCAAAGUGCCUCCAAAUGGACUCGUGAUCUACUGCGGGACGAUUGUAACGGAAGAAGGAAAAGAAAAGAAAGUGAAUAUUGACUUUGAACCAUUUAAGCCAAUAAAUACCUCGCUCUAUUUGUGUGACAACAAAUUUCAUACGGAAGCUCUAACGGCACUUCUGGCUGACGAUAACAAAUUUGGUUUCAUUGUUAUGGACGGUAAUGGAGCUUUGUUUGGAACACUUCAAGGCAAUACUCGUGAGGUUCUUCACAAAUUCACUGUGGAACUUCCCAAGAAACAUGGACGUGGUGGUCAAUCAGCUCUUCGUUUUGCUCGUCUUCGAAUGGAAAAACGUCACAACUACGUCCGGAAAGUUGCUGAAGUAGCAACAACACUUUUCAUUACUAGCGAUAAACCAAAUAUCGCAGGAAUGAUUCUUGCUGGAAGUGCUGACUUCAAAACUGAACUGAGUCAAUCUGAUAUGUUUGAUCCUCGUCUACAAUCAAAAGUCAUCAAGCUUGUCGAUAUUUCUUAUAGCGGGGAAAAUGGUUUUAAUCAAGCAAUUGAGUUGGCAGCCGAGUCAUUACAGAAUGUGAAGUUUAUUCAGGAAAAGAAGCUUAUUGGACGAUAUUUUGAUGAAAUUUCACAAGAUACGGGAAAAUACUGCUUUGGAGUCGAAGACACAUUGAGAGCUUUAGAAUUAGGAUCGGUUGAAAUCCUCAUAUGCUGGGAAAACUUGGACAUUCAACGCUAUGUUCUGAAAAACACUACAACAAAUACCACAACCGUCUUACACUUAACACCAGAACAAGAGAAGGACAAAUCACAUUUCACUGACAAGGAGAGCGGGGUUGAAAUGGAACUUGUCGAAUCGCAACAACUACUGGAAUGGCUAGCAAAUAAUUACAAGACUUUUGGUGCCACUUUGGAAAUCAUAACUGACAAGUCACAAGAAGGAAGUCAGUUUGUGAGAGGAUUUGGCGGAAUUGGAGUUCUCACUUGUGAUCAUAAAAUGGGUAAUGGUAAUGAUGAUUGGUCUGAUGAUGACACACAAACAACGAAAGUAAAAUCAGCAGAAACAGUCCCAAAGCAAAAGGGUGAUGAUGAUUGGGAAGAUGAGCCGACUAUAAGUGCUAAUGCUGAUCAUGGAGGCUCUUCUAAUCGUGGCCGAGGAAACUUUCGCGGUGGACGAGGCAGAGGUGGUGGAUCAUUUGGCGAUCGCGGUGAUAGACAAGAUCGUGAUGGAGGUUUUCGAGGAAGAGGCCGCGGCGGUUCUCGUACUGGAGAUCGCCCUCGUCGAGACGAUGAUAAUGGAGAUGGAGAACCUAAACGUGACUACUCAGAACGCAGACAAAAAAAUGGCGACGAUGAUGACACUGAAAAAAGUAUACAUUUAAAGGAAGAAAAGCCACGAGAAAAAUAUAUUCCACCAGAACCAACUGAAGAUGAAAGCGAAAUCUUUGGGAAUGCAAUUCAAGCUGGAAUCAACUUUGAUUUAUUCGAUAAGAUUGAAGUGAAUGUAUCAGGAGAAGAUGGAAAAAGCAUUCAACCAUUAAAAUCAUUCAAAGAAAGUGGAUUGCGUGAUUUUCUGUUAACAAAUGUUGAAAAAUCUGGCUACACAAAGCCUACACCUAUUCAGAAACAUGCAAUUCCAAUCAUUCUUGCUAAACGUGAUCUGAUGGGCUGCGCACAAACUGGAUCUGGAAAAACAGCAGCCUUUGUGUUGCCAAUUCUUGAUGCAAUAAUGACCAACAAUGAAACAAUGAGUAUUGGCCAACCUCAAUGCUUGAUUGUCGCACCAACACGUGAAUUGGUCAUUCAAAUCUUUGACGAAGCUAGAAAAUUUGCUUUGUCGUCAUGGGUAAAGAUUAGCUUAGCUUAUGGUGGAACAUCAUCACAACAUCAAAGCGAUCGAAUUUCAAAAGGUUGUCAUGUUCUUGUUGCAACACCAGGUCGUCUGAUGGACUUUGUUAACAAGGGCGUGAUUUCGUUCGAAUCAUUGAAGUUUCUUGUUUUGGAUGAAGCUGAUAGAAUGCUGGACAUGGGCUUCAAAGAUACAAUUCACUCAAUUUUAAAUCAUGAAACAUUGACGAAAGAUAAUGUUCAAGUUUUGAUGUUCUCAGCAACAUUUCCAGAAGCCAUUCAACGCUUAGCUGGUCAAUAUCUGAAGAAUUAUCUUUUCCUUACUGUUGGUAUUGUUGGUGGUGCUUCAACUGAUGUUGAACAAGAAAUUCUCGAAGUCACAAAGUUCAAGAAGAAAGACAAAUUAAAGGAAAUUAUUCAAGGAUAUUCUGAAGAUAGCGAUAAUGAUCGCAUCUUAGUGUUUGUCGAUACUAAAAUUCAAGCCGACUUCUUAGCUUCAUACAUGUGUGAAGUUUCAAAAUUAUCAUCAACAUCAAUUCAUGGCGAUCGUAUGCAACGUGAACGUGAAUUGGCAUUGUCGGAAUUUCGCAGUGGAAAGCGUAAAUUAUUGAUUGCAACAUCGGUUGCAGCUCGCGGUCUUGACAUUAAAGGAGUCACACAUGUCAUUAAUUAUGAUAUUCCCAAAGAUAUUCAAGAUUAUGUUCAUCGCAUUGGUCGAACUGGUCGUGUUGGUAAUCGAGGAAAGUCAACAAGCUUCUUUGAUCCUAAAAGUGACUCUGGAGUUGCAGCCGAUCUCGUUCGAAUCUUACAGGAAGCUAACCAACCAAUACCACAAUUUCUUAAGGAAUUUGGAAGCGGCACUUCAACAGGCGAUGCUUUUGGUGGCGAAGAUAUUCGUGCAGGUCAACAAGAAGAAGAUGAAGACUGGUAGAGCAGCAAUUCAAAGGCGACUAAUAAAUUCAAUCAAAACUUCUUCUCCAACUUGAAAUCAAAAAUAAGCUACGAAAGCUUCUGAAAUUACAAAAAAAUAACUUUUUACAGAUAAAUUAAUUUUUAAGCGUAAUUUUCUUACAUUUUUUAAACAAAUUUAUUUCUACGCUACAAUUUUCAUUAAUUUUCUUCAAAGAUGUCUUAAGUGUAAAUCACAUGAUAAUAACAAUAACAAUGCGAAGAUAUAUAAAAAUAAAAUACGACAUCAAAACAUAAACAAAAUGUUGGAUUAUGCGCAUUUGACGAU